AUGCCUAAAGAAGGUCAUAUCAGGACAACUACAACUCACCUCAACAAUGGAAACGUCUACAAGAAGAUCGACAUACCACAGGAUAAACUGGGCAAACAAAAGUACAUAAACAAGUUAACUAAAACUCUAGAAGACGAUGUUAACUCAACAUUCAAGAACAUUGCCAAGAGUCGUAAUCUCCCUCAAGAUGUUACUAACCUGUUAAUGAGCCAUCACACCACCCUCGCUACUGCAAGAGUGAUGCUUAAAACACACAAGUACACAAGUGAUGAGAUCAAGACUCUUAACCCUGACACAAUGAAAACUAGACCUAUUGUUUCAGGCUGCAACUCCCCUUUCCACAAAAUCCUUUGGUUCGUCUGUCACAUCCUAUAUCCUCUGAUGAAUCUAGUACCUUCUCAUUUGAAAAACACUCACGAUUUUCUUCGAAGGAUUAGAAACAUCACACCAAAUGAUCUGAAGAGUCUUACUUUCUUUACAGCAGACGUCGAAGCUUUAUACACCAAUAUCAACGUACUAACAGCACUAGAAGAUGUCAUGGAACUUGCCAAAGAAAAUAGACAGUCAAUCAGUACAUACGGUCUCCAUCUCUCUGAUUUACAAGAACUACUAGAGACAACCCUAGGAAAGUCAUAUUUUGUCUACAACAAUCAAGUCUACCUACAGCUUCUUGGAUUGUUCAUGGGAACCAACCCUGCACCUAUACUAGCUACUGUCAAAAUGUGGAAACUGGAAAAACUUUCAGUCUACGUAGACCUGAGGAUAACACUGCCCACCUACAGCAGGUUUUACGACGAUCUAAACGGAGCCACCACCAACAGACGAAAAGCUCAGCAACUGUGCAACCUCAUCGAACAACAAGAUCCUGACAAACUUAUCAAACUAACUGUAGACUACCCUGACAAUCAGAACGACUUUGUUCCCUUCCUCAACACGGAAAUAAAGAUCGACUCAGAUGGAAUAGUACAUUCUAGACUCUACAGAAAACCACAGAAAAAGCCACUCACCCUCCACUACAACUCUCAUCAUACAACACGUACAAAGAAUGCUACUGUUGAGAGUAUGUACAACACCGCAGAGGCAGUCUCUAACAACAGAGAAAACGAGAAGUACUCAGAAAAGAUGAUAGAUAAACUUCUCAUCAACAACGGCUACACUGAUAGAGUCUUAGAAACCAUAAAGAAUAAGAGAAAACGUAGAAAGAGAAUUAAUCAGAACGUACAGAACAAAGACCAAGCCGGAGCGAUUCUCAAACUACCCUAUGUCAACGAAGCUACUAGUCGCAAAUACAGAGAUGCUGUCAGACAUAGUGGACUCCCCAUCAAAAUUGUCGAGAAACCUGGACGGAAACUGAAGGAUCUCCUUACAGACUCCAGACCCCUUGACAAGAAAUCCUGUACAACAUCAAACUGCAGAACAUGCGCAGCUUUAACCGAUGGAGAAUGCACCACAACUAAUACCGUCUACCACAUCACUUGCGAAGUAGACAAUUGUACCGAGAACUAUGGUGGGGAAACAUACAGACCGAUCAAGUGCAGGUUCGACGAGCAUUACCGUAGUGCGGCAAAUCCAACAGCAAAAUCUUACGAAGACAAGCCACUAGCAAAGCACUACAGGGAAAGUCACCCUCAGCACAAAGGCCCCCCAAAGCUUAAACUUCAAAUCGUAGAUAGAGGAACAUCACUCAUCAACAGAAAGAUUAAAGAAGCCCGAUUUUUAGUUGAAAAUAAACCAACACUCAACGAUAAAAUAGAGUUGAACAAUCUAACACAGUUUUUAGUUGAGUGA